GUUUAGCACAUCCACUUCAGGAACAUCCCCACUCGGCAAUCGUCGUGACGGUUGAGAGCCGAGAGAGGUUGUGUUUAUUUUAUAUCUGUAUUUAUUGUUAAUUAAUUGUCUAGUGAGCCUUGUCGCGGUUGACAUGGUUUCAUAAAGUCUUGGCCGUAUCAAGAACACUCAGGAAGAGAUUUUCGUAUCACAGGAGAGGGGUCGUUUGAUGGACGCUUCAGCGAUGGAUAACAGUGUGAUCCUUAUAUCCCAUAAUGUCAUGAAGACAACGUAGUUGUGGAGACUAUUAAUAAAUACAUAUUCCCUUUACGUAUGCAUUUUGAGUGUUGAGAACAUACUCCCAGCAUGAUGCCGGGAUCGGCCCCCCCAUGCGGGCCCGUCCGGCUCCCUGCUGUUCCAGGAUACGAGGGACGUGUCAAUGAUAUCAUAUACUACCCUCCUCAAAUCCGCUCAGAACAAGAUACAGCAGUAAUUUAUUUUGGUGGAGAUGUUCAGGAUUAUCGAGAAAAUAUGGAAGCUCACCGAGAUAAUAAACCCUAUAUGAAAUGGUGCUUAGAUGACAUGUGUGAAAGACUUAGUAAACGCUUUCCUGACUGUCAUGCUGUUGUUAUACGUCCAGUUAGAUCGACAACUCCUAAACUUGCUACCUUCAUGGACUUUGUGUCAGCCGAAAUGGAUCAUAACAGCUGUUACGACAAUUUUGUUCCUUGCAAUAACUGUGGUGCUCCUGAGCACACUCCCACCCACUACGCUCUACAUCAUCUUGAGCGCCUUCUCCAGUGUACCUCUGCUCGGUUGCGAAGUAUGCCUAUUAGUCAGUUGAGACCCCAGGUGCCAAAAGAUCCCGUCAAGUCACCUGACACGAGUAGUACCAAUGAUAGCGAAGGUGGUUCUAGUGAGGAAAAUAAGGAUGUGACAAUGUUGUCUGCUACUGAUUUGAAGCUACCUGAAAAAGAUCAGGAAAAAAUAUGGUGGCGUGAGGGACUUCAGUUAGACCGGGCACGCUUGAUUCUCAUUGGUUUCAGCAAAGGGUGUGUGGUAUUAAACCAGUUCAUUUAUGAAUUUCAUUAUUUAAAAACUCUAACUCCUGAUGAUGACACCAUGUCCAAACUUGUAUCUCGCAUUCGAGACAUGUAUUGGCUUGAUGGUGGGCACUCUGGUGGGAAGAACACGUGGAUUACAUCCCGUAGUCUACUUGAAACAUUAACAAGAUUAAGUAUAAAUAUUCACGUACAUGUCACACCCUACCAAGUUCAUGAUGAAAGAAGACCGUGGAUACGGAAAGAAGAGAAAGCUUUCUGUGAUCUCUUGCGCAGACUGAAUGCUCCCAUAGAGCGUACUUUUCACUUUGAAAAUCAACAACCAACUCUUUUAACUCAUUUUGAAGUGCACAAUGUCUUCAGGCCAGAGGUAGGAUGUGAAAAUGAUGCUGCUUCUUCUUCAUCUCAAACUGGUUGAGAGUUCUUUUUGUCCUUUACUUAAGUAAUGAUUUGACAAGAGACUUUGCUUGCCAUUUUUAUAGAAAAGAACAUGGCAAUGUUAUUUUUCAGUCUAAAACAGUUAUAUUUUGCAUUAGGUUAUACAGUUUUCUAACAUGAAGAAAGAAUUUUAAGGGUUUACAUUUCUCUUGAAACUGAGUCUCCUCAAUACCACCCUGUGGUCAUGUCUCAUUUUUAUCAUUGUGCAUUUGUUUUUGUCAGCAUCAAGUCAUAUUGUUGUGAAGCUAGUCACUGUAAGUUCCCAAGUAAUUCAGAUGUCAUUUUUGUAAGUAUUCUCAUAAUAAUUGUACAAUUCUUGUUUGUCCUAUUUGAGUAAAUUUAGGUGAUAAUCUUUAUGAAAGAUGAGGCUUAACUAACUUUUAAGUGCCGCAUCACACUUAGUUUGGAAAGUUUAGUCCUUUGAGUUAUUUUAUGUUACCAAUUUGGUAAUUGAUGUUGUUGUUCUUUCAGUCUUUUUCUUUGUCAAGAAAAAGCUCAAUUUUUCCUAUUGUUUCAUCACCGUGUUACAAAUUUGGUUCAGUCUGAAGCCUGAAUCCAACUUUAUGAUCUAAACAGCAUAAUACAGUAAUGAAGAGUAAAUAUGCCAAUGAAAUAGUGAAUUUUUUUAAAAGUUAUCACUCUUUUUGAAUCCCAGGAAAAAUAAGAUGGCAAUGAACUACUGUACAAUAUUGAUGCAAGGGUUGCUCAAGAGAGUGAGUGAACGUAAUUGAUUUCAGAGAUUCACUUAGGCUACAAAAUUACCCUAUUAAGGUCACGCUGCAGUGAACUUGUCAUGGAUCUAUACUGUUAUAGUUUUCUCUCAACAACAAUUUGUUUUCUUGGUGACUUAAUACAGUGGGUGGCCAUGCUAUGAUGUUUUCUUUUUUUUCUAUUAUAAGACUGGUUUAUCUUCUUUCUGCAGCCAUUAUGCAGUCAUUAUGUGUCAUCCAGGAACUACCAUAGAUACUCAAAUCAUUUUAUAUCAGAUGUUCCUUUGUACAUAUAUCUGGUGACACAAACUUGCUUUGUAAUAUUAUUGCUUCUCAAAUACUCACCUCAAGCAAUAGAAUGCCUGCCGCUGGCUCGGUACUUUAAUUUGUCCAUUCGUACAUGUUUUUAUAUUUGUGUUAUUUUUUCAGUAGGUGCCAAGUGCACCGUGUAUUGCUAUUUGCUUAAGCAAAUUGUUUUUGUCUCUUUUGUUUUCUAAAUGGUCUGUUUUACUUUGAAACGUUCAUCCAGAGUUAAAAAGAAUCUUGUUGCAUAGUAUAUUCAGAACAUUUUAGCUCACCACUCGCAUAUCAAAAUUUUUGUUUCUCUCCUUAUUUUCUACCAAUAAUCUCUUCUAAGAUACACUGGUUCUCAAGCAUUUGACAAUAACAAAAUGGAAUUGUAAAUCUUUCACUAAACCAUCAGUAUUAGGGUAGAGUGAAAACCAGGGAUGGAAAAGCUGGACCCGGGCUCAGGUAUUUAAGGCUAUCUUAAGACUAGCUGCAAUGUGUAAUUUGACCCGGGUGGUAUCUGGAUAAACUGUGUGGCCCGAUCAAGGCCUUUAAAGGAAGCAGUUUUUGCUGAUGAGGCCUGGUUCGAUCCCCCCUUGAGCAAAAAGUACCGAUUUAACUGUAUAAACCCAACUUUGACCCUCCCCGAGAAAUGGAAGGGGGUUCGAUCGGCGGGAAUUGGAGCUAGUUCCAAAAUAUCCGGAAAUACUUAGGCCCAGUUCCUGUUUACUUUUUAUCUCAGGUUUUCACUCCAACCUAAUCAGUUUUGAAUUCAUAAGUGAGCUUUCUAUGAAUUAAGAAUCAGCUUGUGAUGUUAUUCUUUUUCUGUAGAAAUUUUGUACUGGUGAAAAUGUUGUUUUGAAUGUUGUAUAAUAAUUUUAUCACCUCUGUAAACAUUUUGUAAAUCCUGUAUUGUUCCUUUGACCCAUUUCACCCUUUACACCAGUCAAUGAUUUUAAAACUAAAUCAAAUUUGUAUGUAGAAUUCCAAUAACUUUUAUUCGGAACAAGCUCUUUGUUGCAGGCUUUUAUUUUUUCACUUUGAUUUCAUUUGAAAAAUGCAGUUGUUGCCGAGAGAACACCUUUAUUAAGAUUUGGCUCAAGAGACUUUUAGUACAGUGUCGGUCAGUUGAGGUUUAAACCAUCAUGGUUAUCUAGCCAGAAAUCAUAGGUGAAGAAGCAGGCAUUACUUGCAACUUCAAUGGGCUCCACUAUCAUUUCCAGAGUGAAAAAAUUAGGCUGUAUCUGUUUCUUGGAAAAGGUAGUGUUUCUAUGUGUUUCCAAAAAUUAUCUUUAUAUUCAGUCAACAUUCUCUUUGUAAUCACCUUUAAAUGUAAAAAAAAAAAAAAAAAGUUUUUGUAGUUUAAAAUUGUUGAUGCAAAAUUUGCAAAUGAUCUUGUCACAUUAGUUGUUCUUUCUAUUUGGAAAUCUGUUCCAAUUUUGAUUGGAUUAUGAAUCAGCCCUGCAUUUUGAGCUAUUUGUCAAACAGUGCAUUUUCAUGCAUGUGCAAGUGUACUUAAACCAAAGAACUUGUUCCACUCCACAUCUAUAUGAGUGUCAUUUUCUUUUCCUCAGAGGAACUUAUUUGUUGUAAUCUUGCUCGUCUUGCCAUUGCAUUUUUUAAAGUUAACAUUCCACAGAUUAUUCUUCUACUGUAAGUUGUUAACAGAAUGAGAGCUGGGUGAUCUUAAUUGAUUUUACCCUGUCUUCGAAUCAAACACAUUUUACCCAAUGAUUUUUUUUUAUUUUAUUUUUUUGAAAAUGUAGGUGUGCUCUGCUCUGAAAUGUUAAUUUAUUAAUAAAAUUAUAGUUCAAAGUA